GAUUGCUACGCUUAAGUUCUUCCGCAGUAGAUGGCAGGAGCUGCCUACCUGUCAAUUGUCUUGGAACGUCAUUUGUCAACUAUCAAAACGGGUGCGGAAAUUCAUUUUUUGGAGUGUUUUUCCUAAAAAAAUUGUAGUUUCCAGAUAGCACUUCAAAUAAUCUACGAAAAUGCCACGAGGAAAGUACACCAACCACAAAGGCCGCAACCGUCGUUUCACGAACCCUGAAGAACUCGAAGAAGAGAGAAGGAAGGAAGAGCAAAAGAAGAGAUGGAGACAGCAGCGAGGUGAAAGCAGUAGCGAGGAAUCGGAAGAGGAGGCUGCCGGCGACAAAAAGGGUAGCGACGAAUCUAGUAGCGAGGAGGACAGCAGCGAUGACGGAGUCGAGGCCAAAGCAAAAGGAGUAUCGAAUCUAAUAGAAAUAGAGAAUCCAAAUAGAGUGCAGAAAAAAACGAAAAAGGUGACUCAACUGAAUACGACCGAUCUAGAAGGAAAACCGCAAUUAUCUAGGCGAGAACGCGAAGAAAUAGAGAAACAAAGGGCGCAGGCGCAUUAUCAGAAAUUACACGCUGAGGGCAAAACGGAGCAGGCUCGAGCAGACUUAGCUAGGUUGGCGAUUAUCAAGCAACAGAGAGAAGAAGCUAAGAAAAGAAGGGAGGAGGAGCAAAAACAAAAGGAACAAGCGGCCCAAGAUAAAGCAGCGCAAGUGAAGAAGGCCUUAGGAAAGAAAUAAAACACGAUUUAUUAACUGAUGGUAACACAACAUUUUCUAUGCAUUGUUUACUAAAAAGGAACUGUUUUUUUCGUAAUUAUUUAUGUGAAUCGUUCGAUAUCCAUGUUAGUAGGCUAGAAUUUGGACAAACUUUUGUAUAAAAUUCCGGAAUGAUGCAAUAGACCAACAUUUUGUUAGUUGUGUGCAAAAUUUUGAAAAAUCUGAUCAUAUUCUCUACAUAUACAGGAUGUUCUAUUUAACAAUUUUUUAAUUGUAGAUCUGCUUAGUGACAAGUUUUGUUUACAAUCAAGGAACUUAUAAUAAAUUGUUGAAUGGGGCACCAUAUAUUUUUCUGAUAUUAAUAGUUUUCUUUAAUUUAUCUGUGACAUAUACAUGUUCCUUACGUAUCAAUAUCACAUUGAGGGUGUGAGAGAUGAUUUGUUCUGAAUUUUCUCAGAGGAAUAUUUCACAAGUUUAUAUAAAAAAGUUUGGAUAUUACAGAACUGAUAUGGCAAUUAAAAAGUAUCACAAAAUUUCAAUUGCAUUUUAUUUACCAUUACAAUAAAGUAU